AUACCAGCGCCAGCGGGAGCGCAGUGGCCGGCGCCAAGAGCAGCCCACAGUGCGGUGGCCCUCACGCCCUCCCAGAUGCUGCUGCUGGGAGGAGUGGGCGACGGUGGCUACUUCAAUGACACGUGGCUCUUUGACCUGCCCUCUGCCACGUGGCACCAGCUACAUCCACCAAUCACAGCCGGCCCUGCCAUGCUGGCAUCACACGAGUCGAUGGUGGAACAGCCGGAAGCAGAGGAAGCGUCGGCAGCAGCAGCGGAGGGAGGGGCGGCGUGUGAGGAGGAGGAGGGGCAGCAGCCGCGGGCGUGCUUCUCCCACACGGCCACCCUGCUGCCCGACGGCUGCACUGUCGCACUCUUUGGCGGCUGUGGGCGUGACGAGCAGCCCUGCAGCGACCUCAUGCUGCUGCACCUCCACUCUCCUCUGCUAUGCGUGCACAGAGCAUGGCAUGAGUUAGGGUGCACCUUCCUUCAAUUCUCCUCUGCAUUCACUCACCCUCCCUGCUGUAUCCUCCUCUCCUCACCCUCUACCCCCUACCUCGCUUUCUUUGUCCUCCUCCCUCCUCGCUUUCCACUGCUCUCCCCAUCCUCUCCACCCCUCCAGCCCGCCAGUCCUUCCCCUCUCUGUGCGCGUCCCCCAUCCUCUGCGUCUCUGCCCGCGCCUGCUGCUGCGCGCACGGGGGGCGAGGAGGAGAAGGGCAGCGGGGCAGGGGCGGUGGAGCAAGGAGACAGAGCUGUGGGGGUGGAAGAGCAAGGGGGGGAGGCAAUGGGAAGGUGGCGGGAGGGAGGAGAGGUGAUGGAGUGGAGGGCGGUGUGGGAGGGGGGAGGGGAGGAGGAGGCCGAGGUGGGCAGGCAGCAGACAGGCGAAGAGAGGAGCUUUCUCGAUGAGCUGGCGGGCAUUCUGAAUGAUGCAAUGUGCACUCGCACGCGCCUGCACUCGCACGCGCCUGCUAUCACGUCUCUCCUCGCAUGCACUCGUUCUUCCGUUCCGUCACCAGGCUCUCCGUCUCCCAUCAGUGCCACCUAUCCGCCUUCACUCAUGCUUUCUCCUUCCACAUCUCCCCCCCACCCCCACCCAUCCUUUCCUGUUGCGCUCCCUCUCCUCCCUCUGUCAGGCGCGCCCUCCAAGUCACAGCCGCCAGCCACCAUCGCCGCUACCACCCUUCCCCAGCUGCGCCCUUCCUCCAUCCCAGCGGGUGGGGAGAGCAGCGAGCAAGCAGCGCCGGCACGAGGUGGAGCAGCAGGCACAGCAGCAGCGGUGGCGAGGCAGGGCAGGGCGCGGGGGCGGCCGCGGCGCUACGUGGUGUCGGAGGCGGGCGAGCGCAUGGUGAGUGCAGCGCUGCGAGCCAGGCAGGCCGGGGUGGGGGGAGAGGUGGGGGGAAGUGGAGCGAAGGGGGGAGGCGGUACUGUGGUGGGGCAAGGGGCAGCAAUGGGUAGCGAUGCGAGUGGGAAGGGGGAAGGGGAGGAGGGAGACAGUGCUGGUAAGGAUGGGGGCGGCGGUGAAGAGCAUGGGGCACUGCUGGUAAGAGAAGGUGGCGCCGCCUUGAGUGGUGGCAGUCGCCCCAAGCUGCAACCGAAACGAGCAGGCAGUCGAGGUGUGGCGCGUGGCAGUGAGGUGGUAUGGACACAUGGGAUGGCAGCGAGGGGCGAGGUGGAGUUGUCGCCAUUCGAGCAUGGCACUGCGGAUGGAAGUCUGCACUCUGCUCCUCCUCCUCCUGCUGCUCACGAGGGGCAUGUGUCCCUGCCUGUAUGGCAGCAACAGCGUGGCAUGGCAUGGCAGCAAGGGGAUGUUUUUGGUGCGGCAGAUGCCGCUGCUGCUAUUCCUGCCACUCUCCCUCUCUCCACGCUGCCUGCCCUCCACGCCACACCCUCCUCUGCCCUCCACGCCACACCCUCCUCUGCCCUCCACGCCACACCCUCCUCUGCCCCGCAGCAGCCCCGCGUGUCCGAGGUCGCCCCUCCCAGGCAGCACGUCGCCGUGCCGUCGUCCCUGUCAGCGCGCCCCCUCAUUGCACUGCACGGCCGCCCCGUGGGCCAUGCCAAGGGGCACAGCGGGGCAGGGCAGCCCGGGGGGGGAGAGGGGGCGAGGGGGGAUGGCAGGGGUGACGCAUGGGCAUGCGAGGGCAGUGGGGGGGGAGAGGGAGGCGUGGCGGCGAUGGAGGCAGGGGUGGGAGGGGGUGGUGGCGGGGUGCGGUGCGGAGAGGGCUGGCGUCCCCACGCCCACCUGCUGCACCUCGGCAUCGGCCGCAUCGUGCGCUGCCCUUCGGGAGCAUCACUGGCAGUGCGCGUGGACGGGGUGUUUGACGGCGGUGUCACGCUGGCAGCGCAGGUCGGCGCCCACACGCUCUCCGGUGUGCUGCUCGCCCCGCCUGCUCUGAGGUCCAUCCUCCUCUCACCGCCUCCCCACUUGUCCGCACCUCCUCCUCGCCCCGCCGCCACACCGCCACCACCCUCUCCUGCACGCCCCUCGUCUGCACUGCUGCUGCCCGCCAUCCCUGCUUCCAAUGGGCGUCUGACACCUGGCGGUACCACAGCCCCAGGCACUGACACUGGCGGUGGCUGUGGUGGCGGCAGCAGCGAUGGCUCCCUGCACCCACCAGCAGUGGCAGCAGCAGCGUCAUGCAGUGUGUCGGCUCAUUCCACCCCGCCAGCAGCAUCGGCUGACACGCAUCCAGAGAAGCCUGGUGGUGUCGCGGGGAGGAAGCGGCAGGGCGCAGCAGGUAGAGGUGGAGGGAGGGGGCGGGGGAGGCAGGGGGGGCGAGGGAAGAGGGCGAAGCAGAGUGGGAGUGAAGCAGGGGCAGGCGAUACGGAUAUGGCGAAGGCGGGUGGGGAGGCAAGGCGGAGCAAAGCCAGGACAAGGAAGGGGCAGAUGGGGGGAGAAGGCAGGUGGGGAGGGGGAGGGGUGAGGGAAGUGGAGAGAGGCGAGGAGAAGGUGAAUCAGGUAGCGAUGGGGGAAGUGCACGGGGAGCAGAGGGCGUGGGAGGCGAGAGAGGAGAGUCAACGCAUGGAGGUGAAGGGAGACCAGGGGGGAGAAGAGAGGAGGGAAGGAUGGCAAGGUGGUGAAUGGGGAAGAGAGCGCGAGCAGCAUGAACGAUUGGAGAGGCGUGUUGGGCAAGGGGCACAGCCGACACACUUGCAGGAGCAGCAUGAGCAGCAGCAGCACGAUGCUGCGUUUGGUCUCCAGACUGCUUGGCCCCAUCCCAAUGCUGCACCGCAGCCUCCAACCACUCUCAUGCCCACACUACCCCAUCCCACUUGCAUGCUGCCCCCACGGCCCCUGCCAAGCAGCGUGGCACUGUAUGGCUGUGAGAUGCAGGGGGGCAGCGGAGAGCAGCAGAGGGCAGUGGGGAACGUGAGUGUUCUUGGAGGAAAUGCUGCUGUGCAUCAUGGUGGCGGUGGUGGUGGUGGUGGUGGUGGUGGCGGCGGUGGUGGUUGUGGCGGCGGUGGUGGUGGUGGUGGUGGAGGAGGAGGGGUGGGGGGAAGUGGGGAGGGCAUGCAGGAAGGGGAGCGGGAUGAGGAGGCGGUGCAAUGGCAGGCAGACAUGAAUGUGAGCAUGCAUGGUGAUGAGCAUCCGCAGUGGCAUGGUGAGGAGGAGGGAGGUGGCAACGGCAUGAAAGCAGGUGGUCGUGGCGGGAUGGGAAGUGGCACUCACGCUGCCAUGGAGGCGGAGCACCACCCUGCGGCAGCCGCUAAGGCUGAGGCGGCACAUGCUCCACACAGCUCUCACGGCCUCCACACCCCUUGCACCGCGCAUGCCAGUCAGCGCCCUCUUGCCGCUCACAGCACCCGUGGCGCUGCCGACCUUGUCACUCACGGCAUGUGCAGCAUGGAGCAGUGGAUGGCCGAGCUGCAGGGCGCACCGGGGCAUGGCGAGGGGCAUGGCGAGGGGCAUGGCGAGGGGCAUGGCGAGGGGCACACAGGAGAGCAGCUCACAGGAGGGGCGCAGCUUCCUCAGCCUGCUGCUGGUGGCAACGCUGGCAGCUCACUGCACAGCCUGGCAGCACACCCACACUCUCAUGGCCACAUGUCACCGGGGUUGCAUGAGUGGGGCGACUGCACAGGUGGCAGUGGCAGUGGCAGCGGCAGUGGCGAGUGGCAUCUGAUUGCCUCGCCUCCCUCCCCCCUCCACCUCAUCGGCCUUGACUCCUCCCUCCACUCUCCCUUGCUCCACCCUCACUCGCACGUCGCCUCACACACGCCCCCCUCCACCCCUCCCUCACUGCAUCUGCCCCCCCUGUCCCUGCCACCGCUCCUGCUGCCGCCCCUCCACCUGCCCGCACUCCCCUCAUCCGACCACGUGGGGUCGUCCCCCGCGCCCCCCACGCCCCACGGCACCCGCCUCUCCCACUCCAGCGCACCCACGCAGCACACAGGGGCAAGCAUGGGUGGGGCGGAGGGUCAACGGGAGGCUGCUGAAGGUGCACGUGGGGUUGCACUGACCAGUGAAGAUGGGAGGGGUGUGCUUGACGGUGCUCUCAAGGAUGGCAGGCCAGGCGCAUCCCCACCCACCCCCACCCCACCCUCCCCCCCUCCUCGCGCCCCGUCCUGCCCCGCUGCGGCCCCGCCCCCACCGUUGCCCUUGCCCGCGCCCGUGUCCAAGCCCGUGCCUACACCCGCGAUUGCGCUCGCCGCGCCUGCCGCCCGCUUCACCACCCGCGCCUGA